UCUUAAUUUUGAAUAAGAUUUUGAUUUGUUGAUCUGGAAAUCAUUGAUAGUUGUUAAUCAUACUGGGGGAAAAAAACAAACCUACUGUAAGCAUCUGCAUAUACUACAACCUUAAAUUGAAAAAAGCAACUAAGCUAAGCUUUUCUACCAUGAACUUGAAGUGAGAGUGUGUGUGUGUGUGUGUGUGUGUGUGAGUGAAAGUAGCAUUCCAGUACUUUGUCCAUAGUUUACAAGAAGCACCUGAUAUGUAGGAGGUAGUCACUCAGUGGUUAUGGUUAACCCGUGUGUGUGUGUGUGUGUGUGAGAUUUAUCUCCUGCAAUUCACAUUUAAAAUGAAUACACACACACACACACACACACAUUGUGUAAUUUUCUCUCUCUUUCACACACACAUGUACACAGAUCACACAAACUUAACACUCGUUCCUGCUUUAAAACCGCUAGGAUAAACUGCAGGCUUCUCGCAAGCUGAUCACGGGACUGCUGUGACCUUUGACUCACAGGAUAUCCUGCUUUCCACAGUUGUGCAUGUGGGCAGUUUUUAUGCGGGACUGUGUGUGAGAGGUGGACAGAGAGUAAUAAACAAUUAUACGAGAAGAUGUGAAGAGAGGAUUUGUUCAGGCAGCACAUAAAGGACACGUCCUGAGCGUUAGGUUCAGUGUGUUUGUGUGUUUUCUGAGGGACGUUUUGUCUGAAGUUCUGCACUAAAAAAUUCAGGAGAUGAUGGAUGGAUCAAACGAUCAGACAGCGCCGAACGUGAAUGCUAACAGCAUCAAGAUUACCGAUGUCACGCAGGACGGAGAUACGCUGACCUUCGCCAUCACAUCUCAGAAGCUGAACAGCAGUAAGGGGAUCUGCGUCUUUAGGACAUACGAGGAUUUCGACUGGCUGCAGCAGAGUCUUUUCGCUCAGGACGACGUUGCUGGACUCCACGGAGUGAUAUUUCCUCCUCUGCCAGCCAAACCUCUGCCUUCCAGCUCACACACACAGGCUAAAGCACUGAAACAGCUGGGCUUCCUGGCUCUGGGAGAUAACUGGCAGCUUUACUGUAGGGCUUUAGAGUUUUACCUGCAGCAGGUGGCAGCACACAGCAUCCUGGGAAAAAGCAAAUUGCUGCACAGCUUCCUCAGCAGCACAGAGUCGGCCGGUAAACAGCGCAGCAAAAAGGGCAUCUUCGACCGCCUCAGUCAGGCCAUGGAGGAAAUGAGGAAGGAAGGUCACAAGGAUGUGGACGAAUUCUUUCACAACGAGAGAGAAAGCAACACACAUCUAACUGCCCUGUUUAAAGCUACCACAGAGAAAUUCCUCGAGGUUGUGCUGACAAAGCAAAGACUUGCUUUGGCAUGUGGCCAUUUCUCCACUUCAUUACAUCUCUGUGUUAAUCAGGACAAUCCUUCUGCUGUGGUCUUCUCCAAGAUUUGUCUGAAGCUGUCGGAUAUAAUGGAUGCAGUGAAAAGAAAUCUUGACAAAGUGUCUGAGAACGACGUGUGCACCUUGGGGUUGGGUUUGGAUCUCGAGUCUCGCUACCAGGAGGCAAAAAGAGAGAUGUUGUUCAGAAGAACCUGUAAACUAGUAGAACUGGAAAUCAUCAGUAAGAACGCAGAAAAAGCCAAACCCAAUAAGAAAGAAGUUAUGGACAAAGUUCAAAAAAUUACACAGAAGGAGUUUGAUCUCAUCUCAUCAGUGGCGAAGGAAGAGAUCGACUGGUACCUUAAAGCACGUGUGAGUGUGUUGCGAGACUUUCUGAUCCACUGGUGCGAGAAGCAGCUGGACACGGCCAGGGAAUCUGCCGCUCUCUUCUCUCAGCACCUGGAGGCUUGGAAAGGAUUUCCUGUCUAAUAUAACAUCUCUUUAAAACAUUUACUGCACUCUGUUAAACAAGUGUUUUGCUAGUUUGAUAGAAAUGUUGUUUUUUUUUCCUCACCAGAAUUGGAUAUUCAUUUUUCUGGAAUAUAACUGACUGACCCUUUAAAAGAAAUGAGUGAUUUAAUGUACAUGUUACACUAAUACAAAUUUUUUUUUAAUCCUCUUAUUUCCUCUUAACCCUCCAGUACGAACUUUUUUUUUAUUUCCUAUUAUACGACAGCGCUACUGAAUUCUCAAAUCUGACUGGUCAGAAGGUGUUGAUUAAUUUUCUAUAACAGCAGCUCUGACAGAAGGUUAAAAAGGAAAUAUUAAUGCACUUGAUCUAACGCGCUGUUGUUUCUGUAGUGUGUAGGGACUUGUACAGUGGACGCUUCACAUAAACGGAUUAAAAACGUGUGUCAUUGUU